AUGGCAGCUCACGUCCCCAUGGCCCCUGGUCUGCCUCAGAUGCUCAAGGCGGGGAUGAAGUACUUCAGCGGCUUGCAGGAGACCCUCUUCACCAACCUGAUGGCCUGCAAGGCACUGAUGCACUGUCUACGCACCUGCUACGGUCCCUUGGGACACAACAAGCUAGUGAUCAACCACUUGGGCAAGAUGUUCCAUUCCUCCCACGCUGCCACCAUUUUGAAGGAGCUGGAAUUGGAGAGCCCCAUGGCUUGUCUCUUGCGUUCUGCUGCUGAAACGCAACAGGAAGAGACGGGAGACGGCACGAAUUUUGUCGUCCUGCUGGCUGGGGCCCUGCUGGAGAAUGCCGAGAAGCUCCUGAGGUCCGGGCUGUCGAUAGUCCACAUCCGAGCAGGCUAUGAUAUGGCUUGCAAAGAGAUCCUACGGCUGUUGCCGGGCCUCGUCUGCGUCCUGCUGAAAAACCCUCACAACCAAGAGGAAGUGCAAUGUGUCUUGCAGUCUAUCAUGGGCAGCAAAUUUUUCAGCUAUAAGAAAUUCUUGUCCAAGCUGGUGGCCACGGCCUGCAUCGCAGUGGCGCCGCCUGACCACUCAGCUUUCAACCCAGAUCUCAUCCGUGUCUUCAAAGUCCCAGGGGGUGGCAUCUUGAACUCCUAUGUCUUGGAGGGCAUGCUCAUCGCCACGGAGGCAGAGGGUAUCAUCAAGCGAGUAGAGAAAGCCCGAAUCGCAGCCUACUGUUGUCCCUUUGGCGUCCCCAAGAUAGAAGCCAAGAACACGGUCAUGUUUGAAAGUGCGGCCCAGCUGAAGAACUUCGGGAAAAAGGAAGAAAACCUCAUCGCUGAACGAGUCCUGGGUCUCGCGAAAGCUGGGGUCAAUGUCAUUGUGGUGGGAGGAAGGGUAGACGGUCUGGCUCUCUUCUACGCCGACCGAUGCAGGAUCAUGGUGGUGCGGCUGCCAUCCCGGAUGCAGCUCCAGCAAUUGUGCAAAACGGUGGGCGCCACCCUAUUGUACAAGCCUGACGUGCCAUCGCCUGAGGACGUCGGACAGUGCUAUCGUGUCUACACCACCGAGAUCGGCAGCACCGUCGUACUGGUCUUCAGUCAACACGGUACGCCGUGUCCUUUGGCUACAGUGGUGCUCCGAGGAGCCACCGGCGAGAUGCUGGACAGUCUGGAAGCUGCCGUCCAAGACGGCAUACAGGUUUACAAGAACCUGGGAACCGAUGCGCGGCUCUUGCCAGGGGCUGGCGCCACAGAGAUGGCCCUCUCAGUGCGUCUGAGCACUCUGGGCAUGUACUACCCCGGAUGUGAGCAGUACGGCAUUUUGGAGUUCUCCCAAGCAUUGAAAACUCUCCCGGCCACCCUGGCAGACAAUGCAGGCCUGCCAGUCAAUGAGAUUAUGGCCAAGAUGGAAAUCCAACAUCAACUGGGCAACCAGAACACCGGCAUCUUGCUCGGUGUGGAAGAGGCCAGCACCGUGGACGCCAUCACGGAAGGUGUGCUGGACCCGUUCCUGGUGAAAUACCGAGGUAUCGUCCUGGCCACUCAAAUUGCAGUGACCUUAUUGGACGUCAGUGACAUCAUGGUGGCCAAGAAAAGUGGGGGUCCUAAACCACGAGGAGAUAACCCCAACUGGGACAAAGAACCAGAUGCGUUGGAUUGA